AUGCCUUCGGCCGUCGAAUACCUCACCAGCCCCCAACAGAACUUCAACUAUGAAUCUGAUCCUAUUGCGGCCAUGACUUCGUACGCUCGAAUGAUGCACAUGCACACCAAGCAACAAAUGGAUGCUGCAACCCGAUCAGCACGACGACGAAGUCCACCCGUUGGUGUUGAUGCCCACGCCAACGCAGGUCUUUCCAAGCAGAGUACACACAGCAGUACCUCGUCACGAUCAUCUUUUUAA